CUGAAAUAAACUAGGGGAACUGCAGGCAGUCGGAAGGUUUACAAAACAAAAGCUGCUGCUGCUGCAAGGUGUUUACGUGAUUUUAUGGUGUCUUCAACAGGUUUCAGGAAAUGAAUAAAGAUGAUUCCACUUAAGUCAGUAUGGAAUAAAUUAACGACUGAUCCGAAUCGUCCUCCGGAGAGAGAUCAGCAGGGUCAAGUCAGCGACAGCCUCAUGAACGAGCUUGACUUCCAAAUCAAAGAGUUGGAGAGGCUAGAGAGAGAAAACGAUCAGGAACAAAAACGCAAAGAGACUGGGGUAGAUUACAGUUGGUUAAUCAGUGCUCCACCUAAAACCUAUGAAAUUCCACAACUAGAACGGCUUGAACUGGAGGGUUUAUGUUACCAGGUUAAACCAGAGGAAACAGGAAAAGUUCUGAAUCUCUUUCGAGAUGCAUUACUCAAUGAACCUAAACCAAGCCAGUUGUCUCGGAUAUUGAGGGCUUGUAUUCGGCAGAUCCUAGAACAGAGGCCAAAGGAAGAGACCUUGGCAGCAUGGGUCACUAAACGAAGCUUAAGUCUCGGUAGUUUGAGAGUCCGUCCAAUUUCUUCAAAAGUUUCACCAAGUCCAGGGUCGGGAAAUGUACAAGUUGACCCAGAAAUCCAAGCCGGUACACCUGUAUCCCAUCCUUACCAAAAUAAUGCGUUUUAUGGUGGCAGAACGAUCAGUCUGCCAGAGUAUACAAACAAGUAUGCCCAGUCUCAAGAUGUGGACUCACUGCCCGUCUAAUGUUCCAAGCCAAAGUUCAUGUGAAUACAAAGAUUAUCUCAAUUUUGUUAAUUUUCAAAAUAAUUAUUUCUGUUGCUACAAAAAGAAUUUUGGCCAUUCAAAAUAGAUUUUUCUACGCAUGUUCAUCAACGAAUGCUUUUUUGUUGGCUACUUGUCAAUAAAACCAACAAACAUCGGUAGUAUAUAUAUGUGUGUGUAGCUUAUACAUAAGCUAGAUGGUACCGUAGUAUUUCUUGAUUUCCUGGUAUAUUUUGUUAUCUAUUUUGUUACAUUCAUAAAUACGACCUUGUCUAUGAUUAUAAACAACCUAUAUAUGGUGAUAUCUUGCUGUUACAAGAGGUAGGCCUACCUUCUCCUGUUACAUAUACUGCUGUUGAAAAUAUUUAUUAGACUAUUCACAUCGCUGCAUAUUUCUUAAAAGAGGAUUCUUUAGUUUAAUCUUAGCAAUGGAAUUACUGUAUACCAGGAACCUUUCGCUGUCAAAUGUUCAUGCUAAUUUCGCCCUUAACAUGUUAUUGCUAUGUACAGUAUGUUGUGUAUUGGUUUUCAAUGUCAUGGUAAAUUCGCCGUCAUUAUGUAGGGCGAAAAAGGCGAAAGUUGAAUUGCGGUGAGAAUUUCCUGAUGUUACAGUAUGUUAAAAUCCGACAGUAACAUAGUUAUACGCUGUAAUAACUGUUUAAAAUAUAUAUGGUUCAUAACAAAACCAUUCUAUCUGCAGGGAUUUAAAAAAUUCUAUCAGUACAUCUUUUUUCUGGUAUAUUUUCUUUUUAUAAAAAAAUUACAUUCCAUCAUUUUUG